CAAAACCAGCUUGCUUUUACAGAGACCAACAGAGAGAAAAACAAGAAGCAGACAUAAACACUCUUCACUGAUCUGACCAUCAGUGUUUACUCAGGGAUUAACAGAUUCUACUCUCAACUAAGGUGUCACAAACAUCCAAUUAAAAUGGGUUGUUUUGGAUUUUUGAAAGCAAUGAUGUUUCUCUUCAAUGGCAUCAUCUUUCUUGCUGGAGCUGCUAUUUUGGGUGUGGGGAUAUGGGUGAAGGUGGACAGCGGAUCUGUCCUGAAUUUUCUGCAGAAAAUAGACGGAGCUCCGGGGGAACUGGGGCAGCUCUUGAAUGUGGGAUAUCUCCUGAUCGCAGUGGGCGCUGUACUCCUCAUACUGGGCUUUCUGGGCUGCUGUGGAGCGGUCAGAGAGAGCAGGUGUAUGCUGCUGCUAUUCUUCAUCAUUAUUCUUAUUGUCUUCAUCGCUGAAGUCGCUGGAGCGAUUGUGCUUCUGGUCUUUAAACCUCUGGCAGCAAGCCUGAUACAGCGGUUGGGAGAUGCAGCUGUGAAUAACAUCAAGAAAGAUUAUGGGAAUAAUACAGAUAUCACGGGACUCUGGAACACAACCAUGACAACGCUAAAGUGUUGUGGAUUCUACAACUACAGCGAUUUCACAAAUUCACCUUUUGUGGUCAAAAACCUGGUUUACCCAGUCCAGUGCUGCAGUGGAUCGCCCUGCAGUUUGACCAACGCUUUUAAUUCAACUGUGCCCGGUUGUUUCGGGGCACUGAAAAAGCUGAUAGACGAUAAUGCAGUCAUCAUCAUAGCUGUGGCACUGGGCAUCGCCGCUCUUGAGCUUGCAGCAAUGGUCGUCUCCAUGACCCUGUAUUGUAAGAUAGGGUCCAAACGCGAUUAAGGUCUCACUUUGCCUUGAAAAUCUCCCUAAUGACUCUUCUGGGAUGAGGCGAGAUUGCUAAUCAUCUUUACGUUCAGAACAUAUCACUGUGAUUUAAUGCAAAUUCUGUCCAUUUUAAAAUACAUCAAACUAUUUGAAUAAGUUGCACUUGAUAAGAGCACCUACAAAAAGCCUUAAGUAAAUUCAGACAGGUCUUAAAUUGAAAUGCAAAUGUAAAUUCAUUUUGAAAUACCCUAUUUGUACUAAAGUAAUGUUGCAUGUUAAAAUGUGCUUUUGUUUACUUUUAUUUUUCCCGAACGGACUGUUGGUAACUGACUGAAUCUAGUUUUUUACAGCCUAUGCAAGAAAUGUUUCAUUUAAAAAUAAAAUUAUGUAAAUAUUUAAUCGAAUAGCACCCGAGAUGAUAUUUUGUAAUAUGAACACAGUGGGUUUUUCAUAAUAUGCGCAAUGACCAUAUAAUUAUUUCUUUUUUUAACAAAUGUUACUGAUUUAUUGUAAUUUAUUGUCAUUUUUUUACAAACCAGAGCUGUUUUAAAUAUUGUGCCUGUUCACUAUGUAAUAAAACACAACAUUUAUCCUUA